CAUCAAGGCAGCAGUUCCUGCGCGGGAACUGCCGAACCGAUGACCGGAUGGGGGUUUACUAUUCUCAGGAGAACCAACACUGAAAAUUUCUCUCAACGUUUCAUCACUAAUUUGUACCAACCAACAUCAUGGCUCCGGGACUCUUCCAGCUCGGCAGCGGUCUCUACACUGGGCUCGCUGUCCUCCUGCUACUUGCCUGGACACUGACAGCACUCUCUUUCACUGCUCUCAACGUACUGAACAGUAAAAGUACCUACCUCGAAAUCGUCGCGUCGAGCAGUCUCCUCACCUUCCUCAUCUGUCGUCUUCUCGUUGCCUCGAAUCCGUCGACUGUUCAAGAUGAUACUGUUGCUCGGUUAAUUGCGUCCGCAGACUAUGGGUCGCGCCGGGGCGCUGUUGUUCUUUUUGGCCUGUGCUGCACAUGGCUAUACGACCUGCUUAACCAAGCGGUGCUGUUAUUUUUCAUGACCAUUUUUGGGAGUGUCAUGGCCACCGCGAUCUACAAUGAUGCAUUCAUGAACACUGGGGUUGAUGGCGACGAGAGUACAACGGCCGUGUCGGUCGAGGUGAAAAAGUUCGAGGACAUGGCUGGGUUUGAUCCGACGGAGAUGUUUAAGUUGAUUCCGCCGCGACUAUUGGUUUAUGUUGUCGGACUGGUAUGGUUGAACUUUCUGAGCUUGGGGGCUUAUGUGCUGGGUCAUGCGGCGAUGUCGUUGAAGAAGGUGUUGAGUUCGUCUGUAGCUGUCAGGAGGUGUGUUCCGGCUGGUGAGAAGGAGCCGGUUGCUGAACAGUAAUAGGUGGCGUGUAUGGCAAUUACAUGGCGCUACUGUCGCCUACACGGUGGACUUGUAGAAAACAACUGUGCUG